AUGGCUGAGCAACAGAUCUCUAACCUUCUUUCAAUGUUUGAUGCUUUCCACGCAAACCAGAAGUUGGAGAUUACAGUGCAGGUUACGGAUUCUUUCCAGUACAGAGACACACCUCCAGACUCUUCCUCCUCAGAAGGCAGUUCCUUAUCUCGCUAUGAGGAGCGACGUGUCUCCCUUCCUGUCUCUCACAAGGCAGCAUCCCCUGAUAUAGUUUCACAACUAUGCUUCUCGACAGCUAUGAGCUCUGAGCUUAAUAGUAGGUGGAAGUCGCAGCGCCUCAAGGUCGCUGAUUCUCCGUACAAUUACAUCUUGACCCUUCCCUCCAAAGGUAUUCGAGGGCUAUUCAUUGACUCGUUGAAUGUCUGGCUCGAUGUCCCAGAGGACAAGACGUCCGUGAUCAAAGAGGUGAUUGGCAUGCUCCACAACUCCUCUCUCAUAAUCGAUGACUUUCAAGACAACUCCCCGCUUCGGCGGGGCAAGCCAUCCACACACACCGUCUUCGGUCCAGCCCAAGCAAUCAACACAGCAACUUAUGUCAUCGUCAAAGCGAUCGAAAAAAUACAGGAGAUCGUCAGCCAUGAUGCUUUGGCAGAUAUCACUGGCACUAUAACCACAAUCUUCCAGGGUCAGGCGAUGGAUCUGUGGUGGACGGCUAAUACCAUUGUUCCGUCUAUCCAAGAGUAUCUUUUAAUGGUCAACGACAAGACUGGUGCCCUGUUCAGGUUAUCGCUUGAACUACUGACGUUGAACUCUGAAGCGUCUGUUAGUGACAGCACGCUUGAAUCCCUCAGCAGUGUUGUUUCACUGCUCGGGCAGUAUUUCCAGAUUAGAGAUGAUUACAUGAAUCUCAUUGACAAUAAGUACACUGAUCAGAAAGGAUUUUGCGAGGAUUUGGACGAGGGUAAAUACUCGUUGACUCUGAUGCAUGCUCUACAGAGUGACACAAGUGGUCUUCUCACUAAUAUCUUAUCGAUGAGACGAGUCCAGGGUAAGCUUACAACAGAGCAAAAGAUGCUGGUGUUGGAAGUGAUGAAAAGCAACGGUAGCCUAGACUGGACGAGUACACUCCUUGGCAUGCUGCGCACACGAGUUCUAGCUGAGAUUGGAAGCCUCGAAGUUAGCAUAAAUAGGGACAACCCUGCAUUGAGGGCUUUGGUGGAACGCCUGAAGCUAAGAGCUUAG